AUGGAAAUUGAUAACUCGAAAGAGAACGGCAACACUGAGGUAGAAUUAACCGAAACGGAAAAUGAGUUAUACGACCGACAAAUACGUUUAUGGGGACUGGAAUCACAGAAGCGUCUGCGUACCGCAAAAAUACUAAUAUCUGGUCUAAGCGGAAUUGGUGCAGAAGUUACCAAAAACAUCAUUCUGUCGGGUGUACAUGCUGUUAAAUUGAACGACUCUAAUGAUGUGACAGAAGAUGACUUCUGCUCCCAAUUUUUAGCGCCUCGAACUAGUUUGGGAAAAAAUCGAGCGGAAUCGUCAAUCGAGAGGGCGAGAGCUUUGAAUCCCAUGGUUGAAAUUUCAGCCGAUACCCAACCAAUUUCCGAAAAAAAUGAAGAAUACUUCCGGGGAUUUGAUGUGGUUGUCAUUACCGGGGCACCAAACAGCGAACUGUUGCGUAUUGAUGAGAUAUGCCGUCGAAAUGACAUUAAGUUCUUUGCCGGCGACGUUUGGGGUAUGUUUGGAUACACAUUUGCAGACUUGAAAGAUCAUACGUUUGUAGAGGACGUUGCUAAACAUAAGGUCAUAUCAAAGCCAAAUGAAAAAGUUAAGACUGAACUGGUCACUACAACUGUUCAAAGAGAACUCAAAUUUGCUCCUUACCAAGCUGUUGUGGAUUUUGAUAUAACCACUCCGGCAUAUCAGAAAAAAUUGAAACGUACUGGUCAGGCUCUUAUACUUUUGCGUAUAUUGCAAAAAUUCCGUGAAGAAUUUAAGCGCGACCCAUCUUACAAAACCCGAGAGAAUGACUUGAAAGAGUUGCUUCGGAUUCGAGAUAAAGUUGGAAAUCCCGAACUCAUAACUGCCGAUUAUUUGGAAAAUACAUUCAGUCAAAUAUCACCAGCUGCGGCAGUAGUUGGUGGCGUUUUGGCCCAAGAAAUCAUCAAAACAGUAACGAAGAAAGAAGCCCCCAAUUGUAAUUUAUUCCUAUUUGACCCACUGACCUGCUGCGGAUUUAUUGAAUCGAUUGGCGUAAACUAA